AGGCGCCUUCCCCUUUCUUUCUUCUUCUUCUUCUUCUUCUUCCAAUGAAGAUUUGAUCACUCGAUUUUACAGAGCAAAGCUCGUCAAUUAAUACGUCGUCGUGUUGGUGAUGGACGAGAUGGUUCCGAUUACAAGGAGCUUCUUCACUUUCGCUCUCUCAACGGUACUGAUUUUAUUUUUCGCGGUCUCGUCUUCUACGAGCUCCACAACGUUUGCCGUCGCAAGCAACAGCAGCAAUGGUUUUUUCAGUGUCAAGUACCGAUACGCGGGAAGUGAGCCCUCCCUUAGCACCCUUAAGGCCCACGAUAGUCGCCGCCAGCAGCGUAUUCUCGCCGGCGUAGAUCUUCCACUUGGGGGCUCCGGCCCUGACGGAGUCGGGCUUUACUAUGCUAAGAUUGGAAUAGGAACACCUUCAAAGGACUACUAUGUACAAGUAGAUACAGGAACUGACCGUAUAUGGGUCAAUUGCAUUCAUUGUAAAGGAUGUCCCACAAGCAGCUCCCUUGGUAUAGAGCUAACACUUUACGAUAUAAAGGACUCCUCCACUGGGCAGUUGGUUUCUUGCGAGUCACAAUUUUGCUAUGAAGUAAGUGGGGGUGCUCUACCUGGGUGCCACCCCAAUGAAACAUGUACAUAUCUUGAAAUAUAUGGAGACGGGAGCUCAACUUUUGGUUAUUUAGUGGAGGAUGUUAUGCAGUAUGACAAAAUUUCAGGAGAUAUCCAGACUACUUCGUCAAAUGGAACUAUUAUGUUUGGGUGUGGUCAAUCACAAUCUGGGGACUUAGAUUCAUCUAAUGAAGAAGCACUUGAUGGCAUACUUGGUUUCGGGAAAUCAAAUUCAUCAAUGAUUUCACAGCUUGCUUCAACUGGAAAAGUUAAAAAAAUGUUUGCUCACUGCUUAGAUGGAACAAAUGGGGGUGGUAUCUUUGCAAUUGGACACGUUGUACAACCGAUAGUUAACAUGACACCUUUGGUACCGAAUCAGCCCCACUACAAUGUCAAUAUGACGGCUAUUCAAGUUGGACGUGAUUUCCUAAGUCUUCCAAUGGAUUUAUUCGAGGCAGGAGACAGAAAGGGGACACUGAUCGACAGUGGUACAACCUUGGCCUAUCUCCCAGAAAUUGUUUAUCGGCCCUUAGUUGAUAAGAUACUUUCUUGGCAGCCUGAUUUGCAAGUCCAUACCGUUCAUGAUGAUUAUACAUGCUUUAGUUACUCAGGAAGGGUAGAUGAUGGAUUUCCAAAUGUCACUUUGCAUUUUGAAAAUUUAGUUUCGUUAAGGGUUUAUCCACACGACUAUCUCUUCGACUUCGAAGGUUUAUGGUGCAUUGGUUGGCAAAACAGUGGAAUGCAAUCGAAGGAUAGGAUGAACUUGACCCUUUUGGGAGAUUUAGUGCUUUCAAAUAAGCUAGUCUUGUAUGAUCUCGAAAAUCAGGCCAUUGGAUGGACCGAGUAUAACUGCUCCUCGAGUAUCGGAGUGCGGGAUGAACAGACUGGAACUGUACAUUUAGUAGGUUCCCAUACCAUUUCUUCUGCGCACAAUUUGAUUAUGCAAUGGACUAUGCUAUUACUGAUGUUAUUGAUGUAUGCUUCUAUGAAUUCGAUUUAUUGAAAGUGUGGCUUCAAUCGGUAUAACUUAUCUAUUUACAAUGAAGGUAAAGAAAAUUAAAUAUGAAAAAAAAAAAGGAAAUCUCAAAAUUCA